UUGCAAGUUGCUAGAGUACCUCUGAUAAGGAAGUGAAGGACACUCUCUAAAGUGCAGCUCUGCCCUUAUCUGAAGCACGUAAGCAAAUGUUUUAACAAAAGGCUGAAAUUUUAAAAUAAAAAUAUUACCCCUUUUCUUUGAAGGAAAGCCAGGAAGAUUACAAGACUCAACUGGUUUUAACAGAAAAGAAAUAGUGACUGGAAAAACAUCAGGAAGUGCUCAGCUCAAGAGACUUUAAGGCCUGUUGGUGCAACUUCAAGGAAAGGGGCAAGAUGAAUUCAACCAGUGAUGCCAACAUGGAAGAGAUCUCUCUGGAGGAUGAGGAGAGAGACACCGUGGAAUACAAAGUUCUUAUGGCAUAUGCCCAGCGACGACUCUCCGUGAGUAAAUAUGGGCAACUUCUGAAAAGGGAGGCGAAGACCUUGAAAGGAUCGUCUACAGAGAGAGGGGAAAGGGAAGGUAUCCCUCAGGUCGGUAAGGGUGAGACACACCAAGAACUGUCAGUCCAGGACAAAGGGCCCACUGCCCAACGUAAAAAGCAAAAGAAGAAAAAGUUUAUCUGGCGACGCCUGCUGCUUUCCUGUGCCAGAGGAGAGAGGGAGGAGGGCCCACAGGAGCUAGCCACGAACCAAGACACUGUGAAUGGGUAUGGCUUAAAGAUGCCGAUGGCACUCCAGAUAUCAGAAGGUGAGACACAGGAUUACCUCCACAUUGCAGACAGACUUGCUAAGAUAGUUAAUGCCAGGUCGCACUCAGCUCCCCGUGGAGUGGGUUUCAGAGCACUAGAGCGCACUCCGAGUCUAGAGGCAGAUGGCAAAUUCCCUCAGCAAGAGGGAGGUGAAAAAGAUGAAGAAGAGAGGAUAAUAGAAACGAUAGUUGCAUUGUUAAGACAAUCAGGGGAUAAACUGGAAGAAACGAUAAAAAAGGACAAAACUUUCUAUCGCUGUGUCACAAAGAUGCUCUCCUAUGCCUUCUUCAAGAAACUCACUGAUCAGUACCUGGAGGAAGUCCCAGGAGAUUCUACCAGGGAGACAGAAGGCAAAAUACAGUGCACUAAAGCUGCCUUUGUGAUGGAAGUUACGACCAGACUUACAGCCGUGGACAACCAUCCUAUGAACAUGGUCCUGGGGUUUGGAAUAAAGUACCUCAAAGAACAUUUUAGCCCUUGGAUUCAGAACCAUGGUGGAUGGGAAAAUGCCUUGGGAUUAUUGGACGAGGAAGAAGUAGAAUAAACUUGAGCGGAUUCACUCUCCAGGGCAUGCUGUAGCUUUACAACAAUCCAAUGCCGGAGUGAUUUUGAAAGGGGAGGUAGAAGAGGAGAAUGCUGUGACUUGAAGGUCCCCAAGGGAAGGAAGUUUGAUUACUCUUCUCGAAGCCUUCUGUUAAGGUGGAAAUGUUAAUCAAUGUGUAGGAGAACAAGACUAGCUACUUUUCGCAGUGAGCAAACACCUCACUGGCCACAGAGUGCCACCUUGUGGCUUAUGGCUAACAUGACUUCAGAUUCCUUUUUAAACAUUUUAAUGGAUGUAUCUUCAAAUGUGUGUAAUCCAUGCCAAGAAACACCUGAGUAUAACUGAGCUACAGCUACAAGGCCAGAUUUUCAUGUGGUCUGAACCCACUGCUGGGGCCAGAUUUUCCCACAGAGUUCAGCAUGUUAGGUGCCGCAAGUGCUUUUCAGAAGCUGGCCCUUAAUGCCAUCGUCUCACCACUGACAAUCAUAUUGGCUCCUGCUCAUGCAGUAUACAGGGCUGUCAACUCUCUCUCCAUCUCCCUAUCCAGUUGGAUCCCAUGAAUGAACGAUCCCAUUGAUUUCAGUAGAAGGGUUUAGGGUUGUAUGGGGGGGGGGGGGACUAGGAGGUGAGGAAGGCUACUCUUGUCAGACUCUUAGCUCUUUACUUUCAUUGUCUUCUCCUCUACAUAGACCAACCACUGACCCCUUUGCAUAGGUAUUUUUAAUUUGGCCUAGCUCUACUAUAUUUUUAAAUUAUCUGGAGCCAUAUUGUCCUCCUAAGCAUUAAUUUGGCUAGUGUCCAGAAAAUACUAGUAUUGGGAAGGCUACAUAACUCACAAAAUGUAACUUGUCUUUUGAAUAGUAAGGAAAAUUAGCCUGGAGAAAGAGAGAUGCUUCCCGUUAAAAGGUAGAUUAGAAAAACUUCUGAUGAAACAUUCAGUAACCAGAAUUGGAACUUUGACCAUUGAGAAUGAGCAAUACACUUAUGCCUCCUGCCUCCAACCAUUGUAUUGGAGAGAAUAAAUUACAUUAGUGUGUCAUUUAGACUACAACUGCCAGUGAAAUCAUUCCCAGUACUGUUCCUUGAUUUGUAGCCUACGUGGCUGAUAUUUUUUUAACUGGAAAGAGAAGAAAUUUGGAACACUGGCAAAAGUUGCAAAAUCCAGGAGUUCUAUGCAUAACUCUCCAUGGGCAAAUGGUUACACUUCAUUAAAAGACUCUACCUUUUUUCUGA